UGACGGCCGUAACAAUUUUCAGACUUGAGAGCGAGACCGGCCGCAUGGCAACGCAGGAGGCGCUGCAGCCGCUGGGGUGGCGCUACGGCGACGGCGACGACGGCAACUUCGUUGUGCGCUGCCGCAGCGUCCCGCUCCUGGUGGCGCUCUUCGGCGUCCUCGUCUGCUUCGUCGCUGUCUGCCUCUACCUCCGCUGGACGUGCCACCGCUACAACAACCGCGACGCGGCUACGCUGCCCACUUAUUACUGGGCUUCGUCCGCCGCGGCGCCGGCCUCCACCGCCUCAGUGAACGGCCUCGACGAUGCCACGAUCGCAGGCUUGCCCGUGAGGCUGUACCGGCCCAGUGGUGCCGGUGCGGACGACGCGGCGCAGUGCUGCUCCAUCUGCCUCGGCGAGUUCGCGGAGGGCGAGAAGGUGAAGACGCUGCCGCGGUGCGGGCACGGCUUCCACCCGGAGUGCGUGGACGUCUGGCUGCGGGCGCGGGCCAGCUGCCCACUGUGCCGGGCCUCGCUCCUCGCGGCCGCGGCCACCACCAAACUAGACGUCGUCGGAAGCGAAGCCGUCUGAUCAAACUCGCUGCGCAGCUGCGGGGCGAAUCGUUGACGCGUACCGGCGCACGCGGGAGGACGCCCUCCCGCCUCGGAGUCGGAGGCGGCCAGGCCGCCCACAUUCCAUUGCGCCGGCCGGUGGUGCAAGCUCUGAUCGCUUCGUUCCAGUUGUACA